UUUUUGUAACUCAGGACAUCAGCGUUGGCAGUGACGAAUCCUGAGUGUUGAGGUAUUUGGCAAAAAUACCGACGGGCGAUAGAAGCACGCGAAACAAACGAAUAAGCCUCGUAUUUUAAUACGCAGAAAUGGACUGAGAGAACGCACACACUUUCAGCUUACUGAAUAACACUUAUGAAAAACUAGAGGAAUCCAGAGAAAGGAGGGUUUCAGAAGGAACAGUUUUUGGAGAAGGAGGAGGAGAGUACCUGAAGCUGCCAAGAUGGACUGGAAGAUGUUCCAAGCGCUCCUUAGCGGGGUGAACAAGUACUCGACGGCGUUCGGGCGGAUCUGGCUGUCGGUGGUGUUCGUGUUCCGGGUGCUGGUGUACGUCGUCGCGGCAGAGCGCGUCUGGGGGGACGAGCAGAAGGACUUUGACUGCAACACCAAGCAGCCGGGCUGCCCCAACGUGUGCUACGACCACUUCUUCCCCAUCUCCCACAUCCGCCUGUGGGCGCUGCAGCUCAUCUUCGUCACCUGCCCCUCGCUCAUGGUGGUGAUGCACGUGGCGUACCGUGACGACCGGGAGCGCAAGCACCGGGCCAAGUUCGGCGAGGACAGCAAGCUCUACGACAACACGGGCAGGAAGCACGGCGGCCUGUGGUGGACCUACCUGCUGAGCCUCUUCUUCAAGACGGGCAUCGAGAUCGUCUUCCUCUACCUGCUGCACAUGAUCUACGACAGCUUCUACCUUCCCCGGGUGGUCAAGUGCGAAGUCAAACCCUGCCCCAACCAGGUGGACUGCUACAUCGGCCACCCCACGGAGAAGAAGGUCUUCACCUACUUCAUGGUGGGCGCCUCGGCCCUGUGCAUCGUUCUGAGCGUGUGCGAGAUCAUCUACCUGAUCGCCAAGCGCAUCGCGCGCGUCGUCCGCAAGAUGAAGAGCCGCGACCGCCUGGUGGCGCUGCAGCACCAGAGGUACAAGGACGAGGACCGGGGAAGCUACCAGCAGCUGCCCAUGAAGCGCCUCGACCUCAAGCCCACCUUCAGGGUCAACGACGAGAUGCGGGCGUCCGCCCCCAACCUGUCCACUGCCGCCUGAGGGCCCCAGGGGGCCCCUCGACUUCUUCCAGACUCUUCCGGAACCUUCCACUGCCGCCUGUUUUUUUAAAUAAUAAUUAUUAUUAUUAUUUUUUUACGAUUUCAUUAUUUUAAAGGGUGAAGUUAAAAUGAGGCUGAAACAUUGACUCGUUCCCUUUGUCAGCGAAACGGGGUUGUGUGUAGGUGGCCGUCUUCCGAGGAGCCACAGCAGGUGCUCAAAGCUCAGAGAGGAUCGACCAAUCUCAGAGUCUCAGUUUCCUGGACCGCCUCCUGCCCAUGACCCACCUACACAUGGAACCCCCCCCCCCCCACCCACCCAAAAUGUGGGCCCCCAACCAGUCCUCCACUGCCUGAGAUUCUCUUUGACUUCUUCCAGAGACUUCUAGAACCUUCCACUGCCUCCUGUGUUUGAUCUGUAUUAUUUCAUUUUCUAAGAGAGGAAACGUGUACACACACACGUUGCACACACAAACAUACACACUCUGAUUCCUCACUGACGUCCUGAGUCUCUGGCGGUGAACGAGGUGGAGUGGGGUAGAGCAGGGCAGGGGGUUGCCAGUGCUCUCUAGUAAAACACUGUACCCGAAUAUGGAUACCAUGGUUACAGCAGAGAGCACAAACCCCCCACCCAAAAACAGCUCUCCGCACCUGACAGGUGCCGAGCAUUCAUGAAAGAGCAACAGAAAAGAGGAGUUUGGGGGGGGGGGUAGGUUGCAUGUCAGGUAUAUGUGUAUGCAAAACAUGUAUUUAAUCACUGGAUUAUAGCAGUCAUGUUUGAACCCUCUUCCUCUGGGCCCUGAUUCUGCUGAAGCAAAUAUCCUUUGAUGAUGAUGAUGAUGAUGAUGAUGAUGAUGAUAUUCUGAUUACAGUAUAGCUCCUGAGGGACUUUUUUUGUCCUGUUCAGCAGCUUUUUGGAUGCACUGAUUCACUGCCUACUCAGAGGGCCAAAUAAGUCGCUUGCAGGUUUUUUUUUUAAGGGGGGGGGGGGGGUUACCACAGAGUCAGUCUCCCAGACACGACAGCACAAUGUUUACAUAUCUUUAACACAUUAUAUAUUUGUCUGCCAGUUUGUAGGAACUUGCGAGUUUGUUUGGGGUUUGAUGUCCCUUUGUUUUGACAUGUUUGUACACAGGAGCUCGAUCGCCCCGAGUCUCCCCUCUGCAGCCGAGCGCUCCUCAGCCAGGAGAGCAGGAUGCUGAAGCACAAACACGUUUGUGUUCUUUAAACCGCUACAUACGUCAAAAUGAUCCACUCCUAGAGAGAGAGAGAGAGAGAGAGAGAGAGAGAGAGAGAGAGAGAGAGAGAGAGAGAGAGAGAGAGAGAGAGAGAGAGCAUUAAUCCCUUCACAAACUGUGUGAAAGCUAGGGGAGGGUUUAAAUGAAUGCUGUUCUAAACUGGACCGACUGGCUUCUGCAAGAGGACAAAGCCUCCAGUUGGAUUGAAAUCUCUCCACACCCUUCAGGAACAAACACGCUUUAAAGUGGCUUUAAAUAUGAAAUAUUCCUGCUUUUUUGUACAUUAUUUUGAUAAAUAAAUGACAUUGAGUCAGCCAUG